AUGAAGUGCCUUCUCUCCCUCGCAGCGCUCUCCGCUGCUCUCAGCCAGGUUUCAGGGCACUACAUCUUCCUGCAACUCUCUCUCGGAUCGCAAAAAUUCAAGCAGUAUGAGCAUAUCCGAUACAAUACCAACUACAACAGUCCCGUCACUUCCCUUUCGUCAAAUGACCUCAGAUGUAAUGUCGGCGGUAACACCGGGUCCAAUACCACGACGGUCGACGUGAAGGCGGGCGAGGCCUUCACAUUCACUAGCGACACCGCUGUGUAUCACCAAGGCCCGAUUUCUCUAUACAUGUCCAAAGCUCCAGGAGCAGCGUCAGACUACGCUGGCGAUGGGCCAUGGUUCAAGAUCUACGACUGGGGUCCAACCUUUGCCGGCGGCCAGGCCUCGUGGCCCUUGCGAUCAACAUACCAGUACAACAUUCCCAAAUGCAUCCCUGAUGGCGAAUACCUGCUGCGUAUUCAGUCCCUCGCCAUCCACAACCCUGGAGGCGUCCCGCAGUUCUAUGUCAGCUGUGCGCAAGUCAAGGUUAGCGGGGGUGGGAACGCAAGCCCUUCGCCUACCGCUAUGAUUCCAGGUGCUUUCAAGGCGACCGACCCAGGCUACACUGCCAAUAUCUACAACAACUUCAACUCCUACACCGUUCCUGGCCCCAAAGUCGAUCAAACUAGUUCACCUGCUGAACCUCGGGACUGGCUUGACUAG